AUGUCAACUCUACCAAGGAGGGUGAAAUCUGAAUCCAAAGCCCAUACAUCAGAAGACUAUGAACUGCCUUCAUUUCUUAAUUCGAGCUCUGAGUCAGAGGAGGAAGAGGAGGAGUGGGAGCCAAAAAGCAAAAUGGCCAAGAGACCUCGGUUGCCAAAGAAAAAUGAGGCAAAACCUAAAAAAGUUGCUGCUUCACGGUCAGCUGUGGCCAGGAAGAAGGUAAAGAAGGUACCAAUAAAAGAGGAAAUGGAUGUGUCCUUGCCUAUUGCUCCUGCAGAAGAUACUGGAAUGCAACUCCUAAAACUUAAGGAAGAAGAUAAAGGCGCUAAACCAAAAACCUUAAACCAAAAGCUGGAAGUGCCUGUAAAAAUGGAAGUAAAGUCAAUCCAAGGGAAGAAUUCUGAGAGGGUUGAAAAACCUUCAACAAGUGUUCCUGUAGUGGGAAGUCAAGUGAAACAUGAGAAAUCUGAGAAGGAUUUCGCAUUUGAUGAGCCACCGUUUAAGAAGAUAAAGUUGACUACAUGUCCUGAAGGAAAGCCAGCUAAAAAUCUAGGAGGCAGCAAAGUAAAAGAAGAAUUUGAAAUGAACUGGGAUAUUGUACAGGCCUUGUCAGAAAUAACAAAUGUUGAACCAUGGGUAUGUGCAAACUUAAUCCGUCUCUUUCAAGAAGAAAACACAAUUCCUUUUAUUGCUCGGUACCGCAAAGAGCUCAUCAAUAACCUGGAGGCUGAUGCCUUGCGAGAAGUGCAACAGGCGUUAGAAGAGCUGCGUACUGUUGCAAAAAAGACACAUGCAAUGAUAGAGAAGUUGAAGAAAGAAGGGAAAUUAUCUGGAUGCCUUUCAACAGCAUUAUUAAAUUGCAGAACUUUGGAAGAGUUGGAGCAUGUGUCUGCACCUUAUAAAACUGGGAGUAAAGGCACCAAAGCCCAGAGGGCCAAGCAGCUGGGAUUAGAACCUGCUGCUCUCUCCCUCCUGCAGAAUCCUAUGGAACUCAAUCUCUUUUCUUACAUUACACCCAAUACCAAAGGCCUAUCAAAUAUCCAGGAAGUAGAAGCUGGAGUACAGCAUAUUUUAGCUGACAUCUUUGCUAAAGACAAAGAUACACUGGAUUUCAUCAGGAAAUUAUGUCAGCAGAGGUACAUUUGUAUCCAGUCAGCCUUGGCAAAAGUGUCAUCCAAAAGUGGGAAUGAGAAAGAUAUUGAUAAAUUCCAACUGUACCAUGAAUUUUCUUGUAAUAUCAAGAACAUACAGCACCAUCAGAUUCUGGCCAUUAACCGAGGGGAAAAUCUGAAGAUCCUGACAGUGAAGGUCAACAUUCCUGACGGGGUGAAGAAUGAAUUCUGUUGGUGGUGUGUCAAUGAAAGAUGGAGACCAAAACAAUUUUUAAAACCAGAAUUAAUGAGGAUACUACGGACUUCAGUAGAGGAUGCGUAUAAACGCCUUAUAUAUCCUCUCCUCUGUAGAGAAUUCAGAUCGAAGUUGACGUCUGAUGCAGAGAAAGAGUCUGUGAUGAUGUUUGGGAGAAAUCUCCGUCAGUUACUUCUGACCAGCCCUGUGAGGGGCCGUACUUUGAUGGGAGUAGAUCCUGGCUACAAACAUGGGUGCAAGCUGGCUAUUAUUUCACCAACCAGUCAGAUACUUCAUACCGAUGUUGUUUAUUUGCAUUCUGGUCAAGGAUUUCGAGAGGCUGAGAAGAUAAAGAAGCUUCUGCUACAGUACAACUGUAGCACUGUUGUGAUUGGCAAUGGCACGGCCUGCAGAGAAACAGAAGCUUACUUCGCUGACUUAAUUAUGAAGAAAUACUUUGCACCACUGGAUGUUGUUUACUGCAUUGUCAGUGAAGCAGGAGCUUCUAUUUACAGUGUCAGUCCAGAAGCAUCCAAGGAAAUGCCAGACCUAGACCCUAACCUACGAAGUGCAGUUUCCAUAGCUAGACGCGUCCAAGACCCAUUAGCUGAGUUAGUGAAAAUCGAGCCCAAGCAUAUAGGAGUUGGCAUGUAUCAGCAUGAUGUAUCACAGACGUUACUCAAAGCAACUCUGGACAGCGUGGUUGAAGAGUGUGUCAGCUUUGUCGGAGUUGAUAUUAACAUCUGCUCAGAAAUACUAUUAAGACACAUUGCAGGACUGAAUGCUAACAGGGCUAAAAGUAUAAUUGAAUGGCGAGAGAAGAAUGGGCCAUUUAUAAACAGAGAACAGCUCAAGGAAGUUAAAGGUCUGGGUCCCAAAUCCUUCCAACAGUGUGCUGGCUUCAUCAGAAUCAAUCAAGAGUAUAUAAAGACCUUCUGCAGUAGUAAGAAAGCUGAUCUUGGAAGUCAUGCACUUUUAACUAAAGCAAGUGCACAAAGUAAAAAGAAGACAAAACCAACGCCGUAUGCCUCACAACAGCCCAAUCCUUUGGACCAAACUUGUAUUCAUCCAGAGUCUUAUGACAUUGCAAUGAGCUUUUUAUCUUUCAUCGGAGGAAAUGCAAAUUGUGUAGGAACAGCAGAUAUGCAGCAAAAAGUGAAUGCAGUAAUUCAAAAGGAAGGACUAGAAGACACAGCCAAAAGACUGAAUACAACAGUGCACACACUGCAGCUUAUCAUCGAUGGUCUGACUCAACCUGAAGGCUUUGACAUCCGAACAGAUUUUGAUAAACCUGACUUCAAGAGAAGCAUAGUCUGCUUUGAAGACUUGAGUGUGGGCACUGUUCUGACUGGAAAAGUUGAAAAUGCGACACCAUUUGGAGUUUUUGUUGAUAUUGGUGUGGGAAAAGCAGGUUUGAUUCCAGUGCGAAACAUAACAGAAGCAAAACUUUCUAAAGUGAAGAAGAGAAGAAGCCUGGGAUUAGGUCCUGGAGAAAGAGUGGAAGUUAAAGUGCUUAAUAUUGAUAUUGCUCGAUUAAGGAUAACGCUGGAUCUUAUUCGUGUUUUAUGAGAGUGGGUUUUAUGUUUGAGCCAGCAUUUUAAAGGGGAAGUAAGGUCAGCAGCAUUAUGGAGAUUCAGGCAUUUAAUGAGAGUCUUCAAAAUGAACAAAUUUUGAAAUGUUCAACCUUGUUUCUUUUUGUGUUGUUUUAAAUUUUAUUUCUUUAAGGAAAAGAAGUCUAACCAUUUUUCCCGGUUUCUUGAAUCCUUUCUGUUAAUAAUUGUUGGAACAGUUUAUUGGAUUACCUCCAAGUAACCUUGUUAUUUUGUCUGCAGAGCGAAGGAAAUUCCAGUGUAUUGUCAGAUAGGUCUUUUGUCUGUACUGUCUGUGCAAGAUUUGCUGUCCCAAUCUUUAAUGGGUACUGCACAGGCAGACACUGCUGCUGCUCCCUUCCAAAAGCUGUUGAGUUUGCCUGUUCCUCUAGUAGAGAGUCUUAGAAGAGGAUAUGUAGUUGUAGGAAAAAAGUAAUCUUUAGUUAAUCAGUGACAACUGUGCUUCAAAAGUAGACCACUCCCC